GAUAGUGAUGAAAAAUGAUACUUUGUUCAUAUCACUCGGCCUUGAGCAUGACUUGGCGGUGAUAUUUUGCUUCCUUCUAUUCAGGGGCCUGCUGUUGGGGUAAUCUUUUCUUUUGUCACUCUGGUGCUGUGACUGAUGGUUAUACUUUAGCCUUUAUCGGACCCCAGAUGUUUGGAGCAUGUUGGCUAUGUCAAAUGUGAUUUGGGUGUAAGGAGGUUGCGAAAUUGGUAUGGCCAUAUAUAAAAAAGCAGAAGGGCAUUACUUGUGGAAAAGCGUUGGGUCCAGUACCAACCAAGGACACAAGAACAUCUGAGGUAAUGACAAUGGGCUUUCAUAGAGGACUUCACUUCCUUUUCAUUCAAGUACUGUGGAGUGUAUUUGCGGAAGGCAACAAGUGGAAAGUUACCCUGCCGAGUAGGCUGUCUGCCUUGACGGGAUCUUGUUUGGUUGUCCCAUGCUCCUUCACCCACCCAAGCUCCCACACGCCCCACAGUGCCUCAUGGUACCUUUAUUCGAAAAUGCCUUCACGGUACCCGCUGGUUUACAGCAGCACUCGGCCUGAGGCUGUAGAGGCGCAUUUCAGAGGUAGAACUAAACUCCUGGGUAACGUCACACACGGUACCUGCACCCUGCUGAUCACUGAGGUAACAGCACAGCACAAUGGAGAGGCCAUCUAUCCGUGGAUUGACAACGUUGGAUUUAAAUUCUAUCAUACAGUGGUGACCCUGGAUGUCUCAGAAACGGCAGCCAAACCUGUAAUGACGAUCAGUGGGGAGCUCGUGGAGGGACAUGGUGUUACGGUUUCCUGUGAGGUCAGACAUUCCUGCCCCUUAGCUCCUCCCACCCUCUCCUUUGAGAGACACGGAGGGGAGGCAACAGUCAACAGCACAGAGGAGGGAGACGGACGCUGGCGUCUUCUCUCAACUAUAACCUUCAUUGCCACAGCAGAGGAUCAUGGGAGGCCGGUGGGGUGCAAAGUCACAUUCCCUGGGGGACAGAAGGCCACCACAGAUCUGGUGCUCCAUGUGAGCUAUUCGCCCCGGUCUGUGAACAUCUCUGCGGACAAGACAGGUGUCCGGGUUGGUACAAAUGUGUCCCUAACAUGUGUCAGUGAUGCCAAUCCGCCUGCCAGUUCCUACCGAUGGUACGAUCUGAAAGGUGGGACCCUCAUAUGUCUGAACCAGAGUGCAGAAACUAUCACAAUCAGCAUCGCGGACCCUGAGGACAGCAUAUUUCACUGCACAGCAAUCAACAAUCUGGGUAGAGCCAAUUCAACAGCUGCUUUUGUGGUUGCAGCAGAAUAUGAGCCAACUGUUUUGCCUGAGUCGAAUUGUUCCUACCACAUUGGGCGCAUGAUAUGCAAGUGUGCUGUCAAGGCUCGUCCUUUGGCUGCGGUGUAUUGGAGGGUAGAUGGACAACCCGAAGCUUCCACCUCUGCCUCAGCAGUCUCUCACCUCAGUCACAUAGUAGAGGAGACAUGGUCCACUGCAGGUGCUACAGAGAACAUGUCUGUGAUCUGUGUGGUCAACAACACCCACGGUCAGCAGGAAGUUCUCCUCAGGGUCUUUGUAAAAGCCCCUCCAACAAACGUGUCCAUUGCCCAGUCACCAGCCCGUCCCAUGGUGGGAGAGACCGCUGCCCUGUUCUGCCGGGGUCAGGGCCACCCUCCGCUGAGCCUCUUCAGAUGGUACCGGAUGCAGGGCGAAGGCAGCAUCCAGCUCGCAGAGAAGUCAGAGCGUCUCAGCCUCUCAGAGCUAACCAGAGAUAUCGUAUCCUUCCGCUGUUUGGCCAUUAAUGAGAUGGGAGAAAGCACAUCCCCAGUCACGGUGGUGAAUGUAGAAUAUGCUCCUAUAAUCUUGCCAGAGUCGUCAUGUUCAGUGUUAAAUGAGGUCAUCAGGUGUGAGUGUGUGGUGGAUUCACAUCCAGCAGCGACUGUCACCUGGACACCACUGAACACAGACCAUAAUCGCACAUUCAACAUCAACUCUCAGCUUAACGGGAAAAUCUUGACAUCAGUUCUCACGGCACCGAAGAGCGAAAACAUGAGUGAUGUCAUUUGCAAUAUGACCAAUGAGCAUGGAAGUGCCUUGCUUGAACUUUCAAUUAGAGGUGAAUCCAGGCAGGUGCCAUCAGGAGUCUUUGGAGGAGUUGGAUUCGCCCUGGUGCUACUCCUUGGUUUCAUCCUGUUUUCAUUUUGGAUGUUUUACACCAGGCAGAAGCACAGGAAUACAAGACAUGUUGAUUACUCAAUGGAGGAAGUGGAGCUGAGGACGGAACUGGAGAUAACUUACGCAAACACUAACCAUGCAGGUGUCCCAGCGGGCAGAGUUCACUGGAUAUGACACUCAAAGCCAUUAUGACCAACAACUGCGAUGUAAAAACCGGUGUUUGUGCCUCUUGAUUUAAAAAAAAAAAAAAAAAAAACAACCUCUCAGCAUCUGUGAUUGCUUUGACAUCUGCAAGCUUUUUAAGUUUGUUGGCACCUGUCCACUGACUUGUUGUGUUGGUACUGAUUCUGUAAAUAGUUGCCAUUUUUUAAAUAAA